CGUGGUCCAUUCGUCACUGCUGGUGGGCUGGUGGCUUCGUCCGUCGUGGGCAGUGGGCGUCUCCGCGUCUGGGCGAUUCGUUCGUGGCUUCAAGUACGUGGUCAGAAUUCGUGGCUUCAACUCUUCAAGUGGUCGGAAAUCAGAUUUCUUGGUGGAUGACAGUGGCCGGAUUUCUUGUUUUACUCUAGAUUUGAUAAUGAAGAGAAAACGUACUCCAAACAAAAUGCAAAACAUUGCUAGUUUCUUCACUAAGAAAAAUCCAACUCCAAAUUCUCCUCCACAUCCAACACAAAGUGAACAAAUUUUGUCUCCUCAACUAGCAAGCGAACAACAUUCCUCUCCAUCACACAAUUCAAUUCAAAAUUCCCCUCAAAAUUCUCCUCAAAAUUCCCCUCAUAAUUCCCCUCCAAAUUCCCCUCAUAAUCCUCCUAGCGCUCCGGUCUUUGGUCAAAGACUAAGUGAAAUUGAUUGCGCCAAUCUUCCACAAGACCCAGGAUUAAGGAGAAAGAUGAGUAAUUUUCAUAAAAAUGAUAGAGAUUUAGUGAGGAGAACUUACAUUGAGAGAAAACCUUGUCAACCCAAAGACUUUCUAUUUCCUCAAACACUUAUUGCACAAAAAAACCGUCGAUUUGUUGCCCAGUGGUUUGAAACAUGGAGUUGGCUUGAGUAUAGUGUGGAAAAGGAUGCUGCCUAUUGUUUCGUUUGUUAUUUAUUCAAGGAUGAGAAUGCAAUUGGAGGUGAUGCUUUUGUUAGUGGGGGUUUCAAAUCUUGGAAUAGAUUAGAUACGAUAAAAAAUCAUGUCGGGAAACACACGAGUGCUCACAACAAAGCAGUGAUAGCCAUGGAUUUGAAGACUCUUAGUGAGCUUUCAAUGAAACUUGUGGAGACGGGAUUGUCUGAAACUCACGAUAGGGUCUACUUGCUUUUAAAAUUGGUGUUACUUCUCCCCGUUGCAACGGCAAGUGUAGAAAGGGUAUUUCUGGAAUGACGCAAGUGAAAGACAAAUUGCGUAAUGGUAUGGGAGAUCAAAUGUUGAAUGAUUGUUUGAUUACUUAUUUAGAGAAUGAUUUGUUUUUGAAUGUUAGCAUGAAUGAUAUUGUAAAUCGAUAUCAAAACAUGAAAACUCGUCGUGAGCAAUUGUAAUCAUUUUUACUAGU